AUGGCGAAGAUGAUUGCAAAUCGUAUGAAACCAUUACUUGAGGGUUUGAUUUCUAUUUCGCAAAGUGCAUUUUUACCAGGUAGGUUGAUUUCAGACAAUAUACUUAUUGUGUCUGAGGUUGGCCAUUAUUUGAGGAGGAAACAGUUGGGGCAGGUUGGGUGGGCAGCCUUGAAACUUGAUAUGGCGAAAGCCUAUGACAGGAUGGAGUGGCCUUUUGUGCAACGGAUGAUGACUGGCUUGGGUUUUGAUGAUAGAUGGGUCCAGUUGGUAAUGUUAUGUGUGCGGACGGUACAUUAUAGGAUACUAGUCAAUGGAAAGCCAACAGAGGAAAUAGUGCCCACGAGGGGGCUGAGACAAGGAGAUCCAUUGUCUCCUUAUCUUUUUAUAAUUUGUGCUGAGGGCUUAUCGUUGUUGUUGCAGGAUUCUCAGGCUAAAGGCCUUUUACAUGGGUGCAGAGUGGCUAGGGGGGCUCCAUCUAUCUCACAUCUGUUUUUUGCAGACGAUAGCUUACUUUUCUUUAAGGCUAAUAUGCAGGAAGCUCUGGAGGUAAAGAAAUGUCUGGGGAUUUAUGAGGCUUUCUCUGGGCAGGCGGUAAAUUUCCAGAAAUCAAGCAUUACGUUUAGUCGUAAUACGCAGGUGGGGUUAAGGGACCUGUUUGCAGAUGCAUUGGGGAUGGGCCAAGCGGAUGAUUUCGGGAAAUAUCUUGGUUUGCCUUCGGUUGUUGGCCGUAAUAAGAGAACGAUAUUUGCAUAUGUAGAGCAAAAAUUGAGGCAGAGGUUCGGAUCAUGGAACAAGAAGUUGCUGUCUAAGGCUAGGAAAGAGGUGCUCCUGAAGAGUGUAGCGCAGGCAAUGCCCACCUACACAAUGAGUAUUUAUUUACUUCCUAUGUCUUUGUGUAUUGCUCUUGAAAGGUUGAUGAACAGGUACUGGUGGGGACAGAGUGGCUCACAGAAUAGUAUUCACUGGAUGUCCUGGGACCGAAUGUGCGUCCCUAAGAAGUUUGGAGGUAUGGGUUUUAAACGUUUACAUGAGUUUAAUAUUGCUCUGUUAGCUAAGCAGGGGUGGCGGCUAUUAACCAGUCCGGAAUCCCUUGUGGCUCGCGUGUAUAAAGCCAGGUACUAUCCUUCAUCCUCUUUAAAUGAAGCCACGGUUGGUGGUAACCCGAGUUAUGCGUGGAGGAGUAUAUUAGCAGGGCAGGCAUUGCUAAAGUCUGGUUGUAGGUGUAGGAUUGGUAACGGAAGGUCCACAAGGGUAAUUAAUCAUCUGUGGUUGCCCGAUGUUGUUGAUCCAUAUGUAGCCUCGACCCAUCCAGGUCUGGGGCAGGAGCUUCUGGUUUCGGACUUGAUUGACAGUACCACGAGCGGUUGGAAUAAUGACCUGCUAGUUGAGUUGUUUGCCCCACGUGAUGUUAUGUUGAUUAAGCAGCUUCCUGUGUGUUUGAAUUGUGAUGAUGACUGGUUUUGGGACAGGGAUCUGAGGGGUUGCUACUCGGUUAAAGAUGGUUACAGGAGGAUGGGAGAGGUCAAUGGCCCGUGUUUGCCUGCGUGGAGUAAUUUGUGGAGUUUACAGGUCCCCCCAAGAUGGAGAAUAUUUAUGUGGAGAGCUUUGUCUGAUAUUUUGCCCACUCUUGAUAAUUUGAUUAAUAGAAGAGUUGAGAUGAUUAAUAUUUGCCCAGCAUGUGGUUUGGAGGAGGAAAAUAUCAUGCAUGCUUUAUGUACUUGCUCUUUUGCAUCACAGGUGUGGAAUUUCUCUCAUCUGCUAAUCCCUACUUUUGACAACAGGAAUUUCAGCCAGUGGACUGAUCUUUGGCUUGGCUGCACGAGUAUCUAUAAUGCAGAACAACGGGGGAGGAUUUGUUGCUUGUUAUACGACAUUUGGACUGCCAGGAAUGAGGCGGUUUGGGAUGGUUGUUUGCCAAUGCCAGGCGUGGUGGUAAGGAGGCUCACAGUGAAGUGGAACUCGUGGACUACUGUUGAACAGCAACGGCGAAUCACACCCAGAGCCCAUGAACCCGCCAGUACAGCAACAGUGUUAGAUGAUGGUGUGGUCUGUCAUGUUGAUGUAGGCUUCAAUGGUCCGACACAGGCACUGGCUUACGGUUUUGUAGUGCAUGAGAAAGAUGGAACCUUUGUGGCGGCAGGGAAUGGCCCUCUUAUUUGCCCAUAUGACCCCCUCUUGGCGGAAGCAAUGGCUAUGGGUGAGGUUUUAUCAUGGCUAAGGGAGAAUGGAUACUCGAGGAUUUCAGUGUGCUCCGAUAGUCUUGUUUUAGUUUCCAGUCUUAAGCAUGCAAGAUCGUUCCGUACUUAUUUUGGUAAUGUUUUGUUAGAUUACAAUCGUUUGUUGUCUGCUAUGACUAGAUCAGUUGUUAUUCAUGUUCGUAGGGGAGGAUUACAGGAUGCCCAUGUCAUGGCUAAGCAUGUAAAUGCCUCUUUGGCGCGAACUGUCUGGAGGGAUUUACCUCCUUCUUUUCUUGAGCCUGGAAUGGCUAAUGCAUUAUAA